AUGGAAGAAGUGGACCUUGAUGACACCGUUCCCCGGACGAAGCUCAAAACCGCCGCUUCAGUGGUGCAAAACGCAUUCCCAAUCCGUCGUGUUGGGCUUCCCCUUUCGAUGGGGACUACUUUCACGAACCAUACUUGGUCUUCCUUCCUGAUUUCGGUUGCUGAUCGUUUACAAAUGCUUCAAGCUGUCUCGAAUCCACGUUGA